UUGAGGAUAGUUUGCAUCUUAAACAUAGAGAUGGCUUUAUCCGUCGAGUCCGAUGUGGAGCUCAAAUCUCCAGCAGACAAGUUCUUCAAACGCCUUAGUAGUGAACUUCACCAUCUUCCUAAUGCAUCUGACAUAAUUCACGGGGUCGAAGUGCACGAUGGCGAUUUCAAAACUCACGGUUCUGUUAAGUCAUGGAGUUAUAGCAUCGAUGGAAGAAAGGAGAUUUUCAAGGAGAAGUUCGAGAUAGAUGAAGGGAACAUGACCGUGUCAAUGGUGGCUCUGGGAGGACACAUCCUGGAACAGUACAAGAGCUACAAGAUUGUCUACAACGUUUUUCCAAACGAGGGCGACAAGCUGGUAGUGUUGAAGAUUAAACUCGUGUAUGAGAAAUUUAAGGAGACCGAUCCCGACCCAAACAAUUACCUGCGCUUCCUGGUCAGCGUCUUUAAAGAUCUAGAUAACUACCUACAGUAAAAUUGCAUGGAGAAAUCCCUAGUGGGAUCAAUCGACUAGCCCUCAUUUUCAGUUAAAUAGAUAACGGAAAAGAGUUUGCCUCUUCCCCCUUGGGUGUGUAUUUGUAAAUUAAAAAAAAAAAAAAAGGAAGACACGAAGUGCUCAUGUGUUUUUU